CAGACUCCAUUUUAAUCCCCAAAAUCCCAAUUCCGAAUUCAAAAGCAAGUAAAACUUAUCUUACUCAAUCGAUCAACAAUGGCGACAGAUCCAAUUAACACCGAAUCCAACAAAUCGAAGCCGUCACAGUACCUCCAGAACCCCGACGAGAUCGAGAAGGUGUUCAAUCUAUUCGACGCCAACGGCGACGGCAAGAUCUCCGUCGCGGAGCUCGGCGAGGCGCUCAAAGCCCAAGGCACAACGGUUACGCCCAAGGAUCUCCAGCGCGUGAUAGAGGAUCUCGAUUCCGACCGCGACGGCUUCAUUUCGGUGAAGGAAUUCGGCGCCUUCUGCAGCCAGGGCUCCGACGAUGGCGGUUCCGCCGAGCUCCGCGACGCCUUCGAUCUCUACGAUGUGGACAAGAACGGCCUCAUUUCCGCUGAGGAGCUCCACAAAGUCCUCAACCGCCUCGGCAUGAAAUGCUCCCCCGAAGACUGCCACCGCAUGAUCAUCUCUGUCGACUCCGACGGCGACGGCAACGUCAACUUCGCUGAGUUCGAAAAGAUGAUGACUAACACCAUCGCCAGCAACCGCAACGGCAACGAUGCUUGAUUCGCGAGAUCGACGGCGGAUCGAUGAUGAGCGCGUCAAUGUACGCGCCGUUUCCUCUUAAAGCCUUUCUAAAUCUAAAUGGUUAGCUUUUUUUUUUUUUUUUUUUUUUUUUAAGGAAAUAAUGUUAGUAAAAUGGUUGAAUUAGGGCAAGUUGAUAUGGAUGUUGAUAGGAUAUAUAUGUUUUUAUUUCUCUGGUGCUUUUGUUAGAAGCUGAAUUGACAAGUACUUCUAAAUCUAAGAUAUUCCGAGAAAAUGAUUUCCGUUUGAAUUUUCUCUGUCAAAUAUCUAGAUUCGCGCUUUCUCGUUGGUAAUCACAUUUGAGGAAUAUGUUCCUGUGGCUCAAUUUCUGAGAAAACGAUUCUUUUCUUGUCAA